AUGGCGAUGAAGGUGCUCGUGACAGGGGGAGCGGGGUACAUCGGGAGCCACACGGUGCUGCAGCUCCUCCUCGGCGGAUUCGAGGCCGUCGUCAUCGACAACCUCGACAACUCCUCGGAGGUGGCCGUGAAGAGGGUGGUCGAGCUCGCCGGCGAAUUCGGCGGGAACUUGUCUUUCCACAAGGUGAAUCGAUCGGGGAGAAUGUUUGAUUUGUGUUACUUGGUUUCGCCGUACGAACUUUUCGUGUUCGAUCGAGGUGAAAGCGACACAUCGGACCAGGUUGGAUGCAGCCUCGCCGAGAUUCCACUGAGAUGCGGUUCAUCCCUACUUGCCCGAUAAGUCGUCAGGUCGUAAUGAGGUUGCCCAGGGCCGCAUAUACAUGAUGUCCCUCUGCAUUUAGUCGUCGGUGCGUUACGACGAUACAGAAAAAAAAUGCACGAGAACCUGUAUCUACGAUUCAGCAGGGUUUGAACCUGUAUCUAUUGUAGAACAUCAGUGGAUCGCAUUGAUCCACUGCGAGAACACAUAUUUCAGUUUUAGCUCACUAGAUAGAUGCCGCUUGCAAUUUAUAAGGCACAUAGAUGUGCCUGACGCCUGAAUUUUAAAACAACCUCCCAAAUGAUUUUUUUAUCUUAAAAACCUUUUUGGGUUUUUUUUUGGUUUGAAAAAAAAUAAAAUGGUUUCAGGUUUCUUUUGUCUGGGAAUGAAAUGAAAAGCCUUUGUUUCUGAAAAACUGUCUGAUAUAUUUCCAUAUUUCCGUAGAUUGACCUUCGAGACAAAGAAGCACUUGAGAGGGUGUUUGCUUCAACAAAGUAAGGAGUUUCUUUUCUCUGAGUACCUUAACUGUCAUACAUUAUAAGCUCUUGUAUUACAUUACUGUGAGUAUGAUAUCACUUAUGCUCUUAUAUAACCAUUCCUGACGACAGUGAUUUUAGAUGUUAAUCCUGUUCAUGUGUUUGGACGAUGAGACAUUUGAAACAUUCUCUCCUGAGAUGAUAUUUUAAAUCCCUGCAUUGUCACUUUUUCAGAUGAUAUAAUACUAUCUCUAUUUGUUAAUGCUGGGUAUCCAGAGAGAGGUGUUUUAAUCUCCUAUUAGCUUAUGGCUAUUUCUUUAACUUGUAUAAUGUCUUAUUAAAAUGUUCAAUGCCUUCCUCUUGAAUGAUAUCCUAUGAGGUGUUGUUGAGUUCUCUUUAAAUCUCGAUUAUAACACAUUUAUUUGCUUUUUAUAAUAAAUAUCCUUCUUAAAAAAAAAUUCUGAUAUUUUUCCAAUAUUACCUAUACCGUUUAUGCUAGUGACAUUGCAACUUAAAUUUCAUGAGCAUAUAUAAAAAAGUUAUAACCACUGAUGACGGAUAUAAUCACUUUUAGUCUUGCAUUGCGGAGGAAGCGAUUGUGCUGUUACCAGAAGAAUAAACUAAAAAGAAAAUAUAAUUUAUUUUAACUUUUUUGCAAAUAUAACUUCCUCAUGGAGACUUUGAAACUCAUCUCCAAACUCCGAACUGGACUCAUAAUACUCUUCCUCAAACGCUUAAAAUUAACUAUAUCUUAGAGCAGCCUUAUUAUGUUCCUUGUUAGUUUAUGCACCUUGUAGCAAGACGGCACACAUAUAAUUAACUGGAUAAUCUAAUGUGUGGUGAUGCUUUUCAAACCAGAAGGCGCUUAUACCUUUUAAUGCCCCAUUUGACUCCAAAUAUCCGGCACCCAAUCUACUUAUAAUCAGUACUCUUAUUAACUUCUCUUAUCUUUAAACUUAGUUAUCGUGGCAUGUAAGCAUUACUAUUCCCUUACGGCUUUGCUUUCAUCCAGGUUUGAUGCUGUGAUUCAUUUUGCUGGGCUGAAAGCUGUUGGUGAAAGUGUGAUGAAACCGUUGUUGUACUAUGACAACAAUCUUGUUGGCACAAUAAACUUGUUGGAAGUCAUGGGGUCCAAUGGAUGCAAAAAUGUAAGACGUUGAUAGCUUCGAUGUCAUGAUUUCUUAUUUUACCUGGGUCAGAACUUUCGCAUUAGCACUCAGAUUUGAAGUAAUGUUUAUAGUUUUCUCUAUAAAUUCGUUCACAUGAAUAAUGAAAAGAAAAGGUUUGUCUGAAGGUUGCUCGAAUCAGUUCUGUUUUUUACCUCUAUAAUGAGCAUAAAUAGUGCCUUAUUAUUGUGAUUCGUAUUGGGCAUGCGAAAUAAUUACGUUUCUCUUUGAUAUGAUCUAAUAAAAUGAAAAGGGAAAAUCCAAAAAAUGUUUCUUUUCAAUCGGAAAAAAUAAAUUUGCAUCGUGGAAUUUUCUAAUCUGGAGCAUUUGGACUCCAAGUUGUAUGCGAUGUCAGUGUUCUACUGGCUUCCUCACAUCUUUCUGGUAGUAAUGCGAUAGUGAAUCAAUUAUGAAUAAUCUGUUGUUUGAAUCUCAUCAUGUGAUUGAAUUUGUAAGGUCGUUAUCUAGAUGGGGUUGGGGAUGCAGAGGAUUUCCAUUUGUCCAAUCUCCCGUUCUUAAUUAAAAAAAUUAUAUCAAAUGUGACUACUGUCGUCUUUCAUUUCGUCAUGAUUCACAUUACCCAUCUGCAAUCAAACGAUUUCAAUUGCUUUCAUGUCUAUGGCAGCUUGUCUUCUCAUCUUCAGCAACUGUUUAUGGAUGGCCCAAGGAAGUUCCUUGUACGGAGGAGUCCCCCCUGCGGGCGUUGAAUCCAUAUGGAAGAACUAAGGUAUGAUAAUAACAGUUCCUGGAAUUCUUUUUGCAUAUGCCGAUCUGAAGUGUCAUCUGUUUUUUAGUGCAACUUUAUAAGAUUAUGCCAUGUUCACAUAGGUUCAUUCAGUUAUUCAGGUUUUGCUUUCCUUUUGUUUUAGUUAAUGAUGGGUACUAUGGUUGUUGCAGCUAUUUAUCGAGGAGAUUUGCCAUGACAUCUCUGUUUCCGACUCUAGUUGGAACAUUAUAUUACUUAGAUAUUUCAAUCCUGUUGGAGCACAUCCCAGUGGCUUCAUUGGUGAGGAUCCUCGUGGGAUUCCAAAUAAUCUUAUGCCUUAUAUUCAGCAAAUCGCAGUGGGAAGAAGACCUUCACUUACUGUAUUUGGCAAUGAUUACUCAACAAAAGAUGGAACCGGGGUAUGAUUAUUGUCCUUCGUGUAUUAACCUUCUUAUAAUGUCUAUGCUUGUCGCCUGAUUUCUAUUUUCAUAAUUAGUCGUUUUUUGAUUCACCAUGAGCCAUCCUUCCAAAUGUUCAUCCAUUUAAUUUCACGUUUCAUGGUUUGGUGUAGGUCAGGGAUUAUAUUCAUGUUGUUGACCUGGCAGAUGGACAUAUUGCUGCUUUGAAGAAGCUAUUUGAUGGCUCUAAAAUAGGUGUGCCUGCUGCAAGUUAUUUACCAUCACGUUGUGCUUUUAUAUUUCGCGAGGUGGAACUCGUUUGGCUCCCAUAUUUUGGUCAUUGGAUAUAGUAAUUGGUAUUAGGAACGGCGGAUUAGAAGUUUUCAGUGGCUAUAUAUCUAGAUUCAAUAGUUUGUGACUAUAGAUGUACGGCCCCAACGAUUUAGCUUUAAAAAUAUCUGCAGCAUCCCAGCUCUAAUGUGUAUCAUGUUCUAUGUGAUGAUUGAGGAGCAGGCUUCUCAGCACAUUCACUCCUGUAAUUAAUUUAGGGCAAUACUAAAAAAUGGAAGCAACAGGCUCUUCCAUGAACAUCAAAGGCUCGGAGGAAUUAUUUUCUUGCAUAAUUUCUUAAACUACAAGCUGAACUGUAAAUCGGUACAAAUAUUCGCAUUUAAGUUCUUAUUUACACUGCCUUUCUCGUAUUAAUUCCAAAUAUUUUGUGGGGUUCUUUUUUUUUUUUGUGUCACGAAUUUAUUUUACAAGACCAGGCAAUUCUGAAUGGUUGCCCGCUUCACCAAAAUAAGACGAUAUCUCACAUGAGUAUUGAAUCUACGAUCCUUUUUCAUUAAUGUGACCGUUGGACUCCGCCAGAUUGUAGAAAUUGUUCUUGUGUUAAAACUUCCGGUCCAAUAUUUGUUUUCUUGGAAUUUUUUUGACGAAAAUAUUAUGAGGGAAACCCACCCGGCUCAAUUUUUUAUUCUAUUUAUUUGACCAAAUGUUUAGCUUUUCUGUAAAAAAAACCUAAAUGAAAUUGCACAUUACACUCUGCACUCUUAAUCUAAAAAUAGACAGACCCAUGAUGAGUGAACGCUUAUGUAGAACAAAACUUUAUUGUAUUAUGCCAAUAUUAUCAUAUAUAUGAAUAACGUCACAUUGUAAUCGAUUAAGAUACAACAUCUUCAAUUCUAACAUUUAGGAAAAUACCCUUCAAAAUCCCUGAUUAGGGUUUAACAGAUCUAAUCAUGGAACCUGGAAAAAAAAUGAAACCAUCUUACUGCUUUCCUUCAUGUAUUUCCUGCAAAACUCGAUAUCAUCUUUUGGAGCUUUUUCAGCAACAAUCCCACUGAGAAUCUUGUUCAACUUCUUCUUUCGAGUGGAUUUCCUGAACAUUCAGUAACAGUUUUUGGUGUUCAUAUCUGGAAAUUUCUUGGGAAUAAUCUCUUGAAUGGACGUCUAGAAACUUUUGUUGUGGGGAAAUUAUAAUGUUUGAAAAUUGAAUGGAAAAAAACAGGGCAUUCUUAAGGCAUCAGGAUGCUGUGUUAGUUCUCUGAUGAAGGGCAAUGUAUUUGGUUUAUUCUCAAGGAUCUGCUACUAUGAUUACUAUUCCUUUGUAUUCUUCUCCAUCGGGAGAAGCAUCCAGCUUAAGAUUAUUUCGAAGGCUAAGAACUGUUGGGUGACACAGGCUGCGAUGUCUACAAUUUGGGAACUGGAAAGGGGACAUCUGUGCUGGAAAUGGUGGAAGCUUUUGAGAAGGCCUCCGGAAAGGUAAGUAUGGUUCUUGAUAGAUAUACUAUGAUACUUUUAUCCAUCUCUCUCUCUCUCUCUCUCUCUCACACACACACACACACACACACACACGCACACACACACACUAUGUAUAUAUAUACACAAUAUAACGUUCACUUUAAUAAAAUUGAAACAUGCUCUUCCACUGACUAAGCUUGAUUGCAGAAAAUUCCCCUUGUCUUUGCUGGGCGGCGACCUGGGGAUGCUGGGAUCGUUUAUGCAUCUACUGAAAAAGCAGAUAAGGAGCUGAAUUGGAAGUACGUGGAAAAUUUUCAAGCAAAAUGCUUUUUUCUGUCAUUGAAGUAUUUCCACUUGUCUCAUCCUUUGCUCUAGAGAGAGAGAGAGAGAGAGAGAGAGAGAGAGAGAGAGAGAGCGUCAUGCAUGAACCGUCGUAUAUAUAUAUAUAUGUAUAUUCUGCAUCUCAUUUCUGACCCCUCUCAGCUACUUAGACCCCCCUAAUUGCAGCUUAGAGAGUAAUUGCCCCCCCUUUCCUUGUAUUUUUCCUUGUUUCUUAAAAAUAAUCCCCCCACGAAAAUCAUAUAUAUAUAUAUAUAUAUAUCUCAUCUGUAUGCCCUCUCUGCGACGACUCUAUGCUACGGUUUUGACUUUAUUUCUUACUCAAUUUUUGUAGAGCAAAAUACGGCAUAGAUGAAAUGUGCAGGGACCAGUGGAACUGGGCAAGCAGCAACCCGUGGGGCUACGAAUCCCCAGACUCGCCCAAAUGA